AAUAGAGAAAAUAUAAACGAGUCUCAUGCUCUCAUCUAUUUAGAGAUAAUGCUUUGAUUUUGUUCUCAUCGUAAGUUCGUAACAUCAAAACCCCAUCACAAAUAAACUUGUGAUUUGGUCUCAAUUGUUCACCUAGAAUAAUUUUAUAAAGCCCAAGAAAUUAAAUGAAAGAAGUCCAAUACAAAAACCCAACACCAAACCUCUGGCCCUACAUUUUGAAUUCAAAAAAAAGAGCUGAAAUUAUAACGUUAACUUCCCAUACCUCAGGUUCGGAAAUUCCGAACCAACACAAAUAAAACAAAAUUAACCGUCUGAUCAAAUCAUAAACUCAAUUACUUUAGGCUCGGAUUUUAUUUUCAUAUUUCCUUCUUCCUUUCUUCCUCAUUUUUUCCUUCUUCCUUUCUUCUUCAUUUUUUCUACUAAAAAAACCCAAAAAAUUUGCAGAAAAAUUCACAGCUAAAAUACGAAGAUAAUGGGAAUAAUGGCGGAAAUUAGAAGAAGUGGGGAACUACAUGAUUUUCAUUUAGCGUCAAGAAGAGCUGAAGAAUUGGCUUUAAGGAGAUAUAAGGCAGUCCACUGGCUAGAAUGUACUGUGGGUCCCCUUGGUAUACAUAGUGAACCAUCAGAUAGAGAGUUCAUUUCUUGCUUGAGAAAUGGCAUAAUUCUCUGCAAAGUCAUUAACAAAAUUCAACCUGGAUGUAUACCCAAGGUUGUGGAUAGUAAUGAACUUGUGGCAUCUGAAUCAGCAAUUUGGGAUUCAAAACCAUUGCCUGCUUAUCAGUACUUUGAGAAUGUUAGGAAUUUUCUCAUGGCAGUCAAAGAAUUGAAGCUUCCUGCUUUUGAGGCUUCUGACCUGGAGAAUUUUGAGACAGGAUCAGCAGCUAGGAUAGCUGAUUGCAUUUUAGCACUUAAAUCUUAUUAUGAGUGGAAGGAAUGGAGUGGAGGGAACGGUGUUUACAAGCAUGUGACAGCUAAAUCUCCCCUUGUUCUGCAAUCUGCUGCCAAGAAUUUUUCUAGACCUUCAAGCGCGAUUUCUGCUCAGUCUUGUAGGCAAUUAGACCUGUCUGCUGUGGAUGAAAAACAAUCACUUACAGAUUCAAUUGUCAAGGCACUAACAAAUGGUAUGGUUGAUUCAAAGGAAAACAUUGACGAUAAUUUUCUUACUUCUUACCAAAAUGGUAGCCAGGAUCCAAUCCAACUUUUUAAAGAGAUUUUGUCAAGAUGUUUGGAGGAAAAACUAGGAAAUAAAUUUCCAAUGCUAAAAUCUUGCUCUCAAGAAAACUUGCAAGAAGCAGGCAGAUCACAUGCUUCAGUAUCUAUACUAAAGGAAAACUCAUCUUUAAUACAUAACCCUGAGCCACUGCAGUGCCACAGAGCUCAAACCAGGAAAGGUAGUAGAGAUCAUAGGCGAAUUUUGCGAAAUCAAGAAAGGGACCUUUCAGAUAUUAAAGCCUUAUGGUACAAGACAAAAGGAGACUUCGAAGAUUUGCAAUCUCAAAUGUCAAAUGAUUUAAUGCAUUUAGAAAGUCUGAUUGAAGAGAUGUCUGGCCCUGCACUUGGUUACGAAAAAGUUAUCAAGGAGAACAGGAAGCUAUACAACAUGGCCCAAGACUUAAAGGGAUAUGUUAGAGUUUACUGUAGGAUCAGACCCAUUCUCAAUACAGAAGCAAAGAAUGUGGUAGACUUUGUCGGGCAGGAUGGAUCACUUGUGAUUGUUGAUCCAUCAAAACCAAGACAUGAUGGAAGAAAGAUUUUCCGGUUCAAUCAGUUGUAUGGUCCAACGUCUACACAAGAUGAGCUGUUUAAAGAGAUUCAGCCAUUGAUCAGGUCUGUCAUGGAUGGCUACAACGUGUGCAUCUUGGCUUAUGGUCAGACUGGAUCCGGCAAGACACAUACUAUGUAUGGUACAUCAGGUGUCUCAGAGAAGGAUAUGGGCAUCAACUUCUUUGCUUUAAAUGACCUCUUCCAAAUAGCUGAGAGGAGGCAAGAAACUAACUAUGAUGUGCGUGUUCAAAUGAUUGGGAUAUGCAACGAAGAAAUACAAGACCUUCUGGCUGAAGAUCCUGCAUCUGACAGUGAAUCAAGUCUUCCAGAUGUCACAUUCCAUUCUGUGAAGUCAAAUGUUGAUGCCAUCAAUUUAGUAAAAUUGGGUGAAAGAAAACAUGCGAGUGUCAAUACUUCGAAGAUGAACAACAUUAGCAGUCCUUGUCAUAGUGCUGUGGCAAUCCAUGUGCAUGGAAAGGAUACAUCAGGAAACAUUAUUCGCGGUUGCCUACACUUGGUAGAUCUUGCAGCUAGUGGAGAGGAUGACAAGUCACUUUCCUGCUUGGAAGAUGUCAUUACAUCAUUUUCUCAGAAAAGUUCUAACAAUCAUCAAGGAAACAGUAAAAUUACAUCACUUUUGCAAGAUGCUUUAGGAGGAAAUGCAAAGGUAGUGGUGCUCACACAUGUAAUUCCAGAAGGAGAUAACUUCACAGAGACAAUUAGAACCUUAAAGUUUGCACAGAAGAUCUCAACUAUUGAGCUCGGAGCUGUUCAGUCAAAUAAAACGAACAUAGAAGUUAUGCAGCUUAAAGAAGAGCUUGAGAUCCUUAAGAGUGCACUGGGUGACAAGGACCCAAAAAGCCCACUGCCUAACAGGCAGCUGAGAUCACCUUGUGAUAAAACAAGAGCAGCAAUCGAAAAAAGUCCUGUAAAAGCACGAAGAUUGAGCAUGGAGAAUCCUGGAAGCAUGAAAUCCGAGAGGCUGGAAAAAUCACCUUUAAAGCAACUAAAGAUAUCAGCAGAAAAGCCUGAUAAUCUCUCUGAUCCAACAGCAGGAAGAAGCAAAGAGCCCAAGUCACCACUUGGAAAACCAAUGCUUGAAGGGUCCUUCCCAAGACCUAGGAGGUUAAGCAUUGAAAAUCCAAUGGCUGUCAAAAGUGAAAAUAAACAAAAGUUGAAGGAACCCAAAACUCCUUCUGAAGGGAAAACCACACUUAAAAAGCAAACUCCUCCAAGAACACGCCGACUGAGCAUUGAGAAUUCCAGUUCUGUGAAGCCUGUUGCAGACAUCAGAAAGAGUACUAAAACGCCACAAAGUUCUAUUCGUGCUCGGAGAUUGAGCUUGGAAGGUCCAAAGAAUCGUACAAAGAAAGGCAUGCUUUCAGCUGAUGUUGUCAGUUCUAAGGACUAUAUCAGCAUUACCGAGUUUCCUAAGAGCCCUCCCCCUGCAACUCAUACAAAUGGACUAACUUUCACAGAUUGUGCAACAAAAUAUCCAACGAUACAACCACCAAAAACACCAGAGCGGCAAAAACUUGAUCUGAAUGAGAUGCAGCCUCCUAGUGUUGCAAAAAGUACGAAUAAGAAAGGGUCUCAGAUCAAAAGAUCACUUAGAACUAUUGGAAAGUUGAUCAAUGGCUCUGAGAAAAGGAGCCAACAGGUGGUCGAAUCAUCAUCGAUAAAGGGAAAAGACAAUGCUCGUGAACCAAGAUCACCCUCGACAGCUAAAGCAAGAACUGUGAGAAGACAGUCACUAACAGGCAUUCCUCCAGGUUCAAAUAGAAGAUCUUCUCUUGGAGGCAUAUCGACUGAUGCUCGUCCAAAUGACAACAGGAAUGCAAAAACACCUCCUCCAGUACGCUCAUCAAUGAAGAUAACAAAUCGAUGGAUGUAACUCAGUCUAUGAACAGAUGCAUUGUGCUUCGACUUGAAGCACAAAUUAACUGAUAUUCAUUCGAUGUAGGCCAGUUCAGAACUCAACUGACAAGUAAGUUUCAGGGACAUGAUGUAAAUAGAUAAUUUACUACAACCACAAUGGAAUGUUGGUGUUUCACCUCAAUAUCAAUUUUACUAGAUUCAAUAUGAUAGUUUCUUAUUUUGCA